AUGGGAAGUCCCAGUGCUGAGGGAGAGAAACUUGACUCUUUUGUGCAAGUUAUAGCUAGGAGUGAAAUAGGAGAUGGUGGUAGAAUCAGAUUGUCAGCUGAGCAGGAAAUUCAACAGGGUGGGGAAAAAGAUAGUAAUCAUGUUGAGGACAUUCUAGUUGGGGGGAAAACAAUUCAGAACAAAGAGAGUUCCUCUCAAAGUGUUCUGAAUGACGAUAUUAACACUAAGGAGAUCCCUCCUUCUAAUGAGUCUCAUCUGGUUGAGGUGGAGGUCCAACCCUCUACUGUUGGAGGGCAGAUUGGACUAAAGAAAAAAUCCACCUUUACCAGGAAACCUAGAUCCAAAAAACAAGAGUUCCCUGAGAAUAUGCAAGUGGAUAAAGUGGGGGUGUCUGGGGUUAAGUUAUGA